CUAACUGGGCCACAAUGGUACAGCUUCUCUCAUUAAAUUCACCACCUCAGUGUACUCACACCUUCACCAUAUCAUCCAUUUUCUGUUCACUCUUCUCUCACCACCAUUCCUUUCACAUUUCCAUAUACCCUCUUCAAACCUAGGGCUAAACCUACUGCCUACUACUUCCCUAAUCUUUCAUAUAUUAUUCAAAAUUCAAACAUACUACCAAAAACUGAUCUUUCUUUGCCCAUUGCCUCUGUCUACCACUGCUUUUAAUUUCAGUCUGAGGAAUAACAUAGCCACACUCACACAAAGAAAAAGGAAAUUCAAGAUAUGGGGCACCACUCUUGCUGCAACAAGCAGAAGGUCAAAAGAGGACUCUGGUCACCUGAAGAAGAUGAAAAACUCAUCAACUACAUCACAACCUAUGGCCACGGUUGCUGGAGUUCCGUCCCAAAACUUGCAGGCCUGCAGAGGUGUGGAAAGAGCUGCAGAUUGAGAUGGAUAAAUUAUCUAAGACCUGAUUUGAAACGGGGAAGCUUUUCUCCUCAAGAAGCAGCACUCAUUAUAGAACUUCACAGUAUCCUUGGCAACAGGUGGGCUCAGAUAGCGAAGCACCUACCUGGAAGAACAGAUAAUGAGGUGAAGAACUUUUGGAAUUCAAGCAUAAAGAAGAAGCUGCUUUCUCAUGAUGUUGUUCCUUCUUUAGCCACAUUUUCUGAUAUUCACGGUCUUGCCAAUGGUUCCAUGGAAAGUUUCUUCCCUUUAACUGACAACACUAUCCUAAACUCCCAUCAUCACUUAGACCAGCUAUACCUUCCCAUCAUCCCAACCCCAAUCCUACAAGCCUUUGAUCAUCUCAACAAUGAUAUCAAGAUUGACAUAAACAAUUAUCAUAAUAACAAUAAUAAUAAUAAUCCCAAUUUCCUACAUUUUCAGAAUCCAAUGCCAGAAACAGUGCCACCAUCCAACAACAUUAUUCCAUCUUUGUUUGAAUUAGAAUCUACAUGGUCCUCGUUGGGGUGUGUACCCAUUCAUCUUAAUCCAAAUCAACAAAGUCAAACAAUCACCACCAAAAGCGAUACCACCCCACACUUAAUUCUUGAGAAAUUCAUCAAUCCAAGUACAUGGCAGAACCAGGCAGUGGAACCGACCAUUGAUCUUGUUCCAAAAGUGUGUGAGAGCAUCGAGGAUUAUGUCUGCAGCAUCCCAUUUUCUUCUUCUGCCAAUUCACAACAUCAACACGAGGAUGCUGUCGCCUGUUACACACCAGGUAUUUGUCCACAAGAUCAAAUUGCAGUACCCAAUCAAGUGGAGUACAUUGAUGCCAUCAUCAUGUCAUCGUUGCCAUCCUCAACAACAACAUCUUCAUCAGUAUCACUCUAUCAAGCAGACAAAUAGCCACAGAAAAAAAAAAAAAAACUUCAAGUUGCUGUCAUCAUCAUAAGCAUUAAUUAUUCAAAUCACUACUAUAUAUAAUAGGUUAAUUUUAUGUAUAUAUAAUUGAGUAGUGGGAGUGUUGUGAUGAGGUGAAUUAAUUCCAUGCAUUUAAUUUUCUCUUGAAUUUUGGAAUAAGAGGGUAAGUAGAUCUCCUAUUGGCAAACCUCUGAGACAUGCUAGUUCUGACUCUCUUCCAUUAAACGAUGUUUGCUGAGGUUCCAUAAAUAUAUGUAGGUUCUUUCACAUGUUUGUCCUCUAAAAGUACGUGUCCAUGUUUGAUUUUUAUUUCUCUUGUGAACUGCUG